CGUCUUUACGCCCUAUACAACCAAUCCAAGCGUAUACUUUAUGUUUUACUGGGGUUGUUCAUACCUAUCGUCGCACUCUAUAUAGCGGUGGAUAUAUUUUUAUGGAGUCGACCCUCGGCGAUCUCAAGUGAAUUUCUACUUUGAUCGAAUUCUAUGCAAGCUGAUGCCUUGGUACACAGUGCAAGAAAUAAUAGUAACUCCAAACGUCAAGUACUGCACGUCUUUCUUCCACGUUGGGCCUAUGCCUGCGAUAUAUGCUUCCAUUCCCGUCAUAUGCUAUGAUAUUUUCCUGGUUGUUCUCGCCAUUGCCGUCCUCAGAAGGCACCUGAAAGAACGGAAGGAACUUAAAAUAAGGUCUAAUGCCUAUUUAGUUAUGAUCGUCCGAUAUCAUGUCAUAUACUUUGUCCUGAAUUUGGCAGCUCAAAUCUUCAUGGCGAUAAUAUGGGCCAACCUUCCGGUAUUAUCUCCCAUGAUUCUAAAGAGCUCUACUCUAAUGCAGGCAUCCACAGACUGUGGUGAUGUAUCUCGUACAGUUGUUCAACGGUACCGCGCCAUUUAUUAUCGUGCCACGUGUCAUCAUCAGCAUUUGGGAUACGCAUGCCAACGACAACUGUGUGCAUGUCAGUACGACAUUCGAGGAUUGCAUCUGUUGGGCUUCGCCGUCGACGUUGGAGCAGUACGAGAUGGACUCCCGCGUAUGAUGUUCUGACUUGAGAAAGGAGUUAAAGUGAAGUCCUUUUCUCAGGCUCUCGUCCUGGCAAAA